AUGUGCAGGUUCUCUUACGCUCUUGGAUACGUGAAUACGGAUUCUUGUCGUAACUACAAGUUGUUGAGGUUGAUAGAUUAUUACUACAAUGCACACGAGAAGCAAUUCUUUUGCACGUACUGGUGUGCUGCAAAAAGGAACGUAGAUGUAAAUGAAGUCUUUGCUAAUCGCUUAAUCUGUUUUGAUUUUACAAGUGAGAGAUUUGGUCCUCUUCUGCCUCUGCCGUUUAGUGGUGGGCAUAUUGACUGUAUGACGUUAUCUUGUGUUAGAGAAGAGAAGCUUGCGGUUUUACUUCAGCACGAUGAAUCAAAUCCAUAUGAGCUUGACUUAUCGAUUACGACCAAGAUUGAGACUGGAGAGGUGUUGUGGAGCAAGUUCUUGAGAGUGGAAACAGCUGGAUUUGAUAGUUAUGUUCCUAUUAUAAAUGGAAGUUUCUUCAUUGACGAGGAGAAGAAAGUCGCCAUUGGUUUUGAAGAUGGGAAUCGCCACACAAUUAACAUCAUUGGAGAGGCUGGAUACUUGAGGGCAUUGGAUCUCGUUGGAGAUUAUGGAGACCAAAGAUGUAAGACAGAUCUGUGCUCUUAUGUUCCAAGUUUAGUGCAAAUCAAGCAACCUGAAGGAGGGGAAAGGGAAGAAGAAAGCGAAUUGGAGAAGCUUCGAUAUGAUGAAAACAUGUCGAGACUUGUCUUACUUGAAACGAAUCCAUGA